AUGAAGGUCCCGAAUUCGACCCCACUAAAUUCAAGCUUUCCAGCUCCAGCACCUUGUCACCAUACAACAUACAACAUAUCGUCACAUCACCAACCAAGAAUUCCUACUCGUGCAACGCCCACAUAAAGUGCCAACCUUGUGCUUUACUUUAAUUAUUAAAUCAUACCUACCAAUCUCAAGUGCGCGGUUCUUUUAAGAUGUUGCCCCUCGGUCUCUUGAAUGCGGCCCAAGGCCACCCUAUGCUUGUUGAGCUCAAGAACGGAGAGACCCUUAACGGACACUUAAUACAAUGCGAUACGUGGAUGAACUUGACCUUGAAGGAAGUUAUCCAAACCAGUCCAGAAGGAGACAAGUUCGUCCGUCUACCCGAAGUAUAUAUCAAAGGAAACAAUAUUAAGUACCUUCGAGUACCGGACGAGAUCAUCGACGUUGUGAAAGAACAACAGCACGGUCAACAAAGCGGCUUUAGAGGUGGUCGCGGCGGACACGGUCAGCAGAGAGGAGAUCACGGCGGUAGAGGCGGCGAGAGAGGCGGUCGUGGCGGACGAGGACAAGGGAGAAGUAGAGGUAGAGGCCGAGGGGCGUGAAGACAGUCAAGAUAGUAUGGCAACGUGGAAGAUACCUAUGCAGGUGGCAAAAGCCAUUGUCAAGGCUCCCGAACAGUAGCAGCAUGAGGACGUUAUACAUAUCACGCCUCCGAAAAAGCUAGCAGAGUUGGGCCGCAGCGCUAGGAUACAGUUCAGAUGAAGAUACCCAGCCCGCCGCGAUGGUGUUGGCGCAAACAGUUGUUUAUUAUACUGUUGUGAACUCCCAGCGUAGGCCGUGGGGAGAGUUAUAGCGACGAAUCUAUUUUAUGAUCUGAGAUAUGCCGCA